UUCAUUUGUGCUUGUUUUUAGACUGUAUAACGCAGAAGUCCAGCUGCAUCUUUGCCUCUGAUUAUCUAUUUUCCCAACACCAUUCCUUGAAAAGACUGUUCUUUCCUCAUUGGUGUCAGAUCCCCUGGAACUGGAAUUACAGACAGUUGUAAGCUGCCAUGCUGUGAAAAAUGGUGAAAGAAACCACUUACUAUGAUGUUUUGGGGGUCAAACCCAAUGCCACCCAGGAAGAAUUGAAAAAGGCAUACAGAAAAUUGGCCUUGAAGUACCACCCUGAUAAGAAUCCAAAUGAAGGCGAAAAGUUUAAACAGAUUUCUCAAGCUUAUGAAGUUCUUGCUGAUUCCAAAAAAAGGGAAUUAUAUGAUAAAGGAGGCGAACAGGCUAUUAAAGAGGGCGGAGCAGGUGGUGGUUUUGGCUCGCCCAUGGAUAUCUUUGAUAUGUUCUUUGGAGGAGGAGGAAGGAUGCAAAGAGAAAGGAGAGGUAAAAACGUUGUGCACCAGCUCUCAGUGACCUUAGAAGACUUGUAUAAUGGUGCAACAAGAAAACUGGCUCUUCAGAAGAAUGUGAUCUGUGACAAAUGUGAAGGCCGAGGUGGUAAGAAAGGAGCAGUAGAGUGCUGUCCCAACUGUCGGGGGACUGGCAUGCAAAUAAGGAUUCAUCAGAUCGGACCAGGAAUGGUUCAGCAGAUUCAGUCGGUGUGCAUGGAGUGCCAGGGUCAUGGAGAACGCAUCAGUCCUAAAGACAGGUGUAAAAGCUGCAAUGGGAGAAAGAUAGUGCGAGAGAAGAAGAUUUUAGAAGUUCAUAUUGAUAAAGGUAUGAAAGAUGGUCAGAAGAUAACAUUCCAUGGUGAAGGAGACCAAGAACCAGGACUGGAGCCAGGGGAUAUUAUCAUUGUGUUAGACCAGAAGGACCAUGCUGUUUUUACACGACGAGGAGAAGACCUUUUCAUGUGUAUGGACAUACAGCUGGUUGAAGCGCUGUGCGGCUUCCAAAAGCCAAUAUCCACUCUUGACAACCGAACCAUAGUCAUCACCUCUCACCCAGGUCAGAUUGUCAAGCAUGGAGAUAUAAAAUGUGUGCUAAAUGAAGGUAUGCCAAUAUACCGUCGGCCAUAUGAAAAAGGACGUCUGAUCAUUGAGUUUAAGGUGAACUUUCCUGAAAACGGCUUUCUCUCUCCUGAUAAACUCUCUUUGCUGGAAAAACUCCUUCCUGAAAGGAAGGAAGUAGAAGAGACUGAUGAAAUGGAUCAGGUAGAACUGGUGGACUUUGAUCCAAACCAGGAAAGACGGCGGCAUUAUAACGGAGAAGCAUACGAGGACGAUGAACAUCACCCCAGAGGUGGCGUGCAGUGUCAGACCUCUUAAUGGGCCAGUUACUCUGUCAUUCUAUAUGCAGUAGUGAAUGUGGGAAGGACUGUAAUCAUAAUAUGCUCACUACUUGGCUAUUGUUUUUGUUUUAAUAUUCAACUAUAGUAGUGUUUUAAAAGUUAAAUGAAGAAUAAACACAAAUAUAAAAGCUC